GCUGCGCAUUGAUGGCAAUACAACGUUGCAAGAAUCACUUUUUGGCCAUUAUAAAAGCCCACUGCACGUUUCCAGCGUCAGUCAGUCAGUUGUUGCAAGCCCCAAGUGGCAUUUCCAUUUCCAAUCCGUUGUUUACCCAAAGGAAAUCCGCAGUAAAACCCGCCAAGAUGUUCCAAGCCAAAUCCGUUUGCCUGCUGCUCGCCCUCUGCCUUUUGGCUAUGUUUUUGGCCGGAUCUGACGCUCUGCCACGCCCACAGGAGGGACGGGAGGAGGGCGGUGAUCAGGAGGCCAAUAUAGAGGCCGAGGAGAAGGAUCUUGAGGGAGCCGCUUCCUUUGGAUAUGGAUACUACUCAUCGCCCUACUUGGGUGGCUACUACGGUGGAUAUUGGCCACACUACAGUGGCAGUUACUACGGAAUCGGUUAUCCCUACUACGGAGGAUACUACGGAUUGCACGGACACCACCACGGCCACUAUGGACACUACUUCUAAGAAGGGUUCUUAAGCCUUUCCCAAAUACUUUUCCAGCCUCAGUAGAAGUUUAUCAGCACCAGAAAUUUACCAGCACUAGCUCGAAUAGAAAGAAUUAAGUAGAGAAAUAGAUGCCGACUAAGAUAGCGUUAAUAGCCAGCACUAGCCUCAAUAGCCAAACGAUGCGUUCUUGACCGGAUGGCGAACAGAUUAACUGCACUGCCCCCUUGAGCGA